UGCAUGGCCAUUGGACUAGAAAAUAUUUGCCAACAUUUCAAAGAUUCAUUUGUAGGUAAACAUUCCAAGCUAAGGGUAGCUUCGCAACAAAACGGGAAGUCAGCUGUGCUGAACAAUAGAAAAUAGUGUUAGUUGAAAUAUUAUUUAUUAAAAACAUUUGGUGACUUAACUAAUGAAGAGAUUGUAAUAAUGCAAUCAUCGAUUGUGUAAUAAAGAGUCAUAUGUACGUAUGUAUGUAUGUACAUAUUAGUUAUUUGUGUUUAUAGGAAAAUGAAACUCGCACUAAGGUUAAAAUCGCAUGGUGAUCUGAAAAGUGGCAGACUAAUAGACGAUAUGCAGAGUCAACUAACAACUGCAAUGUUAAUGUGAAUGCUUUUCCUGCGACGCAGGCGCAGAGCGACAAUUACACCGACAUCUCCCAUUACUACGGCGAGCAACCGAUUUCGGCAAGUCAUCAUAUGCCCAUCGUCACUAUGUCUGUGGAAGACAGAGUAAAUCUAACCGCUAUCACGUGGGCGCAUGCGGUAAACAGCCAGAAGGAACUUUACGAGGCGCUCGAGAGCGAUAUCAAUAUGAUUGAGGCCGAUAUUGUGCUUGGCAGACUGAACAAUACUGGCGAUGAAUUGCCGGUGAUGGCUCAUCCACCAGCGAACUCCUCGGACUUGUCAUUAUUGGAAUUUCUGUUGCGCAUCUUGGAGCAUAAUGAAGAGCACGUCGACGAUGCGAAGGGCGUGAAAUUGGAUUUUAAGUCAAUUGAAGUAUUCGAAGGCUCGUUGGAUAUUUUAAGUCAAUUGAUACCAUUGAUGCCCCAUCCUGUUUGGCUAAAUGCUGACAUCAUUAGCGGACCCGUUAAUCAAUCUAAUACGGUGCCAGUUGAUCCAGAGCGUUUCUUCGCCGGCGCCGCAAAAUUCGAAACAGCCGUACUCUCGAUCGGCUGGACAACACUUUGGGGCGCCAAUUACACAGAGGGCUACUAUACAGAGCAUGAGAUCGAUGAGAUGUUGGUGGCCAUCAAAAACAACAACGUCACCGCCAAACAGCAUCCAAUUACAUUCCCGGUGCGCGCCGGCAUCGCCGCCAACAGUUUGGAUCAACUGCAUGGACUAGUGGCUGCUGUAAAUGAGACGAAUGAAAGUUCCAUCACUAUUUGGUCUUCGGCGAAUGAUUUUGUUGAUGUACAGAAAUUACGUAAGCUAAUUUUCUCAUUUGGCUUUGAUCGCGUCUACUUGGAUGUACCCGAUGAUUUGGCCGACCAGUUGGACUUAGGGCGUGCAGACACAGACAAAGCCUCUGCCAGGCUACCUUCUUUGCUCAGUUUUAGCAUGGUCAGCGCCUGUUUGGUUUUGGCCAGCAUGUGGAUUAAUCGUGUUAGACUAUAAUUUUGUUUCAAUAUUAAAAUAAUUUAUAAUACAUACAUACAUACUAACCUGUUGACAACUUUCGUGAAGGGAGCAAAUGCAUACGUAUGGCAAUGAGAAAUGUGAAAGUAAACUUAGAUUUUGAUAUUAACGAAUUGUAGCGAAUUUAGUAAAAAUCUGUUUCAAUCAUUAAAUGUGUAUUAAUUAUUCAUAAUUGAAAGUCUUAUUUUAAAAUCGAAACUUUGAAGCGUAUCACUCAAAGUACCCUCGUUGGU